AUGAGAAGAACACAGAAGGCACUAAUGGAAGGAGGACAUCUUCGAUUGCACAAAUUUGCGUCCAACUCAAAGUCUGUUCUCCAGCAGUUUGACAGUGAAGACCUAGCCAAAGAUCUCAAACACCUUGAUUUUGGAUGUGACACGCUUCCAGUUCAGCGAAGCUUAGGAGUCUCCUGGGAUGUAGAAACAGACUCUAUAAUUUUUCAAGUCUCGGGAAACCUGAAACCCUUUACUCGCAGAGGGGUUCUAUCGACAAUCAACAGUCUUUUUGACCCUAUAGGUUUCACAGCUCCCGUCACCUUGCAAGGGAAACUGUUACUGAGGGAGAUUAUGUCAACAGUGAAACAGGUGGGCUGGGAUGAGCCACUUCAACAAAUUUCCUUAUCCGAUGGGAAAAUUGGGUUAACUCACUACAGCAUUUAG